AUGAUGUCAACAACGUCUCAAACUAGUGUUAACCAUAGCUUGUUUGACGAGCAAGAUCAGAUCCCUACCCAGAUGGGGUUCACUAAUCCUUUUCCACCAAACCAGGCCUUUCCUCCUUUGGGUUGCCAUCAAUCUUUGAAAUCCAUCAGUGCAAUAGUUCCUUCACUUUCAUCUGAACCUGCUUCUUCUGCAGCGAAUUUUGCUGAAACCCUAUUUUCAACCGCUGUUCAAAGACCACGAGAAGAUCUCACUUCAAGUUUGGUAGGCGGAGGAGGAGAACACCUUUCCUUGAACAGAUCGAGAGUAAAUCCGUGGGCAUGGGAAGAAGUAACCAAUUGCUUGAUGAGUAAAAGAAUGGGAGGAGAUGAUAAUCAUCAUCUAGGGGUUUCUGCCAUGAAGAUGAAGAAAAUAAAGGCAAGGAGAAAGGUGAGGGAGCCAAGGUUUUGCUUCAAGACUAUGAGCGAUGUGGAUGUGUUGGAUGAUGGCUACAAGUGGAGGAAGUACGGACAGAAAGUGGUAAAGAACACACAGCACCCAAGAAGCUACUACCGUUGCACCCAAGAUAACUGUCGAGUGAAGAAACGCGUGGAGCGGUUGGCGGAGGAUCCAAGGAUGGUGAUAACCACGUAUGAAGGGAGACAUGUGCACUCGCCAUCAAAUGAACUUGAAGACUCACAAUCUACUUCUGAACUUAGUAACUUCUUGUGGUAG